AGGUGUUCACCUGAAGCUGAGCACAUAAUUAAAUAGUGUUUUUUGUUUGUUUGUUUUUAAAUCCAGAGUUGCCUGUAUUUAUGUGCAUUUGAAGGUUGUGUGGGGGUCAGUGGUGAUAAUAAUUAACUGGAAGUACACAAUGAAAGCCAUGUCAACAAACACGCCAGGUUUCAAACUCUAGAUUCUGGAGAGCCUGUGCAGUUCAGAUAAAUGUUUCUGCCCCAUACAGCCUGCGUCUGCCCGGCAAUGAAGCUUUUGGGGAUUCUUAGUCUUAUACUGUACUGGAGGGGGACCGAUGCCCAAGAAAAAUCGUACCUCAUCACGGCCCCCAGAAUCCUGCGCGUGGAUGCCUCGGAGCGGGUGGUGGUCCAGCUGUUCGGGUACGAGAGCGAGUCCAAGUUAACACUGUCUAUCAAGAGCUACCCGGACAAGAAGAAGACUUUUGCCACCGACACGGUGACGCUUAACGAAGCCAACCGCUACCAGGACUCCGCCACACUCAAGCUGCUGCCCCAAGACUUUCCCAAAGACAACACCCUGAGCUCCUUCGUGUACCUGGAGGCACUUUCAAGUGACCUCAACAAGCUGGAGAUGCUGACUGUGUCCCACCAGAAUGGAUUCCUCUUCAUUCAGACAGACAAGCCCUUUUACACCCCUGAGCAGUCUGUGAAGGUUCGAAUCUUCUCUCUGAAUGAAGAACUGAGGCCGGCACACAGACCUGUUACUGUCACGUUCACGGAUCCAGAUGCAGUGAAAGUGGACAUAGUGGAAGAAAAAGAUGUUACUGGGAUCAUAUCCCUGCCAGAUUUUAAGAUCCCUCUCAAGCCUAGGUAUGGGGUCUGGAAAAUAGAUGCCACCUAUACCAGUGACUUCACCACCUCUGCCACUGCGGAAUUCGAAGUGAAAGAAUAUGUUCUGCCCAGCUUCUCUGUCACAAUCCAGCCGCAGACCAGCUUUAUCUGCUAUGAGCAGUUUGAAAACUUCAAAUUCAUAGUCCAGUCCAGCUACUUCCAUGGAGAGCCGGUGUCCAGUGCAGACGUGUUUAUCCGGUUUGGGAUUAUUGAAGGGAAAACUACCACCAUGAUACCACAGGCAGUGCAGCAUGUACUGAUGCAGCAGGGGAAGGUGGAGGUGGUCUUCAACACAAAGACAGCCCUGGGUACUCUGCCCGCUCUGGGGAUCAGCAGUCUGGAGCAGCUGGAUGGGAGGUUCCUUUACAUAGCAGUCGCUGUGCUCGAAUCUACCGGUGGGAUCUCCGAGGAGAGCGAGCUGGACAGCGUGAAGUUCGUCAUCUCUCCGUACUCGUUCAACCUGGUGGCCACCCCCUUGUUUGUGAAGCCCGGGCUGCCCUACUAUGUGAGGGCUCAGGUGAAGGAUCCUCAGGGUAACUAUAUGGGGAAGGUCCCGGUCAGAUUGCGGGUGUCUGCAUUCAGCGACGGGCACGAGGAAACGCAGCUCAUCUCGGCCGGCUCCAUGGAGGGAUUCCGCUUCACCAGCGAGCAGGACGGCACCGCGCUCUUCGUUAUCAACAUCCCCUUCACCACCAGCAAGAUCCAGUUCACGCUGGAGACCGAAGACAGCAGCCUCCCUGAAGAGAACCAGGCUUUGCGUACGUACGAGGCCGUGGCUUACAAAUCACCCAGCAGCAGCUACCUCUACCUCGACUGGGCCUCCAAGCACAAGCAGCUGCACGUCGGGGAGUACGUCAGCAUCAACAUCUACUUCCCCAGCCCCUACAAAAACAAGGUCCAUUUCUACAGCUACCAGGUGAUCUCCAAGGGCAAGAUAGUGAAAUUUGACACUAUACGUCGCAUCAGAGAUUCAGAUGUUCAGAACCUGAACUUCAGGGUGACCGGUGACAUGGUGCCCUCGGCCCGCCUCCUCGUGUAUUACAUCAUCACUGUGGAGGGCAGGGCGGACCUGGUCGCUGACUCCAUCUGGCUGGACGUCGUGGAGAAGUGUGUCAACAGCCAGCAGGUGAAACUGUCAAGUGCAGAAUCACAGUACCAGCCAGGGAGUCGGAUGAGGCUGAAGGUCCAGGCAGAGCAGAACUCCUACGUGGCUCUGUCCGCCGCUGACACUGCCCUCCACGGGAUCCGCACCAAGAGCAAAGAUUCCAUGGCCAAGGUGAUGAGUAUUCUGGAGCAAAGUGACCAGGGCUGUGGUGGAGGCGGGGGGGUUGACAACGAGGACGUGUUCCGCCUCGCCGGCCUCACCUUCAUAACGAACGCCAACGCCAAGGCCCGGGACCCCAAAGGGGAAUUCUGCACGGACAUCAACAGACCGAAGCGAUCAGUGAAUCUCAACAAAGCAACCAAGACAGGUGACACGAGCGCAAACAGCACCAGGACAGCACGAUCCGUGGAUCUGCAAACAGAAAUCCGGAAGAAAGUCUCCUCCUACAGGGACCCCCGAGUGCAGCGCUGUUGCAUGGACGGAGCCCGCAGUUAUCCCAUCGGGGAGUCCUGCAACAGCCGGGCUAUGAGAAUCAAGACAGUGAUGCAGUGCAAGAACGCCUUUAAAGAGUGCUGCGAGUUGGCCAACAAGCUGCGGGAAGAGUCCCACAGAGUGUACGUCCUGGCGCGAAUGGAGCUGGUCGCUGUGUUUGGGCUGGACAACGUGCAGGUCCGAAGUUACUUUCCUGAAACCUGGCUCUGGGAGGUGCAUCAAAUCAGUUCAAGCUCAGGAACGAAGACGCUCCUGAUGGUCUUGCCAGACUCUUUGACAACCUGGGAAAUGAAGGCUGUUGCAGUUUCAAACAACGGUAUCUGCCAAGCUGACCCUCUGAAGGUGCGAGUCUUCAAGCAGACCAGCAUCAAUGUGCCCGUGCCAUACUCUGUGGUGCGUGGCGAGCAGCUAGUGCUGCGAGGCUCUGUCUACAACUACAGGGAUGAGAGCGCCAAGUACUGCGUGACUCUGACGGUCGAGGAGGGCGUCUGCCUCUUCCAAGGCUCAAAGACGGAGGCCGGGACCACCCAGAUCACCCCCUGUGAGCUCAGUGUCAUCGAGGGCUCGUCAGUGAACUCCUUCACCCACACCAUCCUGCCCCUGGAGACGGGGCUGCACCGUCUGAGAUUCACACUGCGCUCCCAGCUGGGCUCCGAGAUCCUUGUGAAGACGCUCAACGUUGUGCCCGAAGGCAUCAAAACUGAAAUCUCUGACGCCGGGACCUUGGACCCCCAGGGUAUCUACGGUCCCCUGAAGAGGAGGGUGGAGUUCAGGAACCGGAGCCCCAAGGGCCAGGUGCCCAGGUCCAAGGUGGAGCGCACACUCAGUGUGAACGGGGAGCUGCUGGGAGAGGUGAUCGCCACCGUGUUGAAACCCAGCGGCCUGCAGCAGCUCACCACCCUGCCGCGCGGCUCCGGGGAGGCGGAGCUCAUGGGCAUCGCCCCCAUCUACUACGUCUUCCACUUCCUGGAGAAGAGCGAGAAAUGGGACAUGCUGGGCCCGGACUCCUUCACCAACCGACUGGAGCUCCGCAGGAAGCUGAAGCAAGCCAUUACCAGCAUUCUGUCGUUCCAGAAUAAGGGGGACUUUUCUUACAGCAUGUGGCAAGACGGGGAGCCCAGCACAUGGUUGACUGCGUUCGUUGUGAAGAUUCUGGGGCAAGUGAGUCAGUACCUGCAGGUGGAUCACAUGACGGUGUGCAACACCAUCUUCUGGCUCACAGACAAAUGUCAGAACCAAGACGGGUCCUUCAGGGAGCUGUCCACAUACAAGCCUGUCAAAAUAAAGGGCGCUGGACCAAACUCAGAUGAACAAACCAUAUACCUGACUGCCUUCACUGCUAUUGGAAUUGAACGGGCUAGGAAAGCAUGCCCCCUGCAGGAGUUUCGAGAUGCCGUCUACAAGGCUACAGACUAUCUGUCCAAGAACGUGAAGAAGGUGAAGAGUGUUUACACGCGGGCCAUCACUGCGUACGCACUGGUCCUGCGGGAUAAAGGGGACCGGACUGCCCACUCCGUCUUCGAAGAGCUGAAGAGAGACGCCCAAGUCAAAGGCAACCCCCCGGUGCUCCGGAUGUGGAAGGAGAAGGAUGACCCGCUGGACUCCUUCCUGCCCAACCAGGCCACGGCUCGCAUGGUGGAGACCACCGCCUACGCCCUGCUGAUCAGCCUGCAGUACGGGAGUGUGUCCUACUGCAGCCCCAUUGUGUCCUGGCUGUCCGAUGAGCAGCGAUACGGGGGCGGCUUCUACUCCACGCAGGACACAGUCAUCAGUCUGGAGGCUCUGACAGAGUACACCUUGCUGGCUAAGCGCUCCAGUCUGGACAUGGUUGUCAACGCUGCCUACAGGAGACAGGGGGACCUGCAACGAUUCGAGCUCACCCAAGCCAAGCCACUGGCGAAACCGGUUGAGGUCACUGAGGCAGACGACGUCAUGGUGAGCACAGGCAGCAGCAAAGGGGUGUCUAUAGUCAAUCUCAGGACGGUCUAUUACAAAACCAGUGACCCCGACGGCUCCUGUGUCUUCGAUCUCAAGAUUCAGGUUUUACAGGAUGACCGUGCCCGGAGAAUGGGGCCCACACGUCGAAUCGAAGCAUGUGCAAAGUACCUGCCUGGCGAGAAUGAUGCCCUCUCUGAAUCCGACCUCAGCGUCAUGGAAAUCUACCUCCUGACUGGUCUGGAGCCAGUGCAAGAAGACCUAGCCACACUGGCGAGCGGCGUGGAUCGACUGAUUGCUGACUACACUAUUGAAGACGGGCGCGUUGUCAUUCAGUUGGAAUACAUCCCAGCCAAUCAAUACCUGUGCGUGGGGUUCCGGGUUCAGGAACUCUUCAAGACUGGCAUGGCAAGCCCCGCCCUUUUCAAGGUCUAUGAGUACCAUGCGCCGGAUCGCCAGUGCUCCAAGCUGUACAAGGUAGAAGAGGAGAAGCUGGUGAAGCUGUGCCAGGGGAAGGAGUGCCAGUGCAUGGAGGUGCAAUGCGGUCACAUGCAGCCUCACCUGAGCCUGACCUCCACAGCGAGCGACAGACGAGACGUGGCCUGCAAAGCCUCCAUUGAGUACGCGUACAAAGUGAAGAUUCUGUCCUACAGUGAAGAAGGACAUUUUAUUAGUUACAAAGCCGAAAUGGAAGACAUAUUUAAAAAGGGCUUGGACAUCGUACGAAAGGGAACGGUCGUGACAUUCAUCAAAAAGGCAACGUGCAGCGACAUGAACUUACAAGCGGGCAAGCACUACUUGAUCAUGGGAAAGGAAGGCAUGCUCUCUGUGGAAAAUAUGCAAUUCAAGUACACCUACCCCUUGGACCCCCUGUCCUGGGUCGAGUUUUGGCCAUCCGAGGAAGACUGCGGCAGCCAAGCCUGCAGCAACUUCCUGAAGAUUAUGAAGACGUUCUCGGAAGACUACCUGAUCUUCGGCUGCACGGACGUCUAGCUGCGCAAUUGGGAGUGUGUUUACUGCUACACAGAGCUGGGGGGGCACGCGAGACUGUGUGAAAACCUUGUGCAAAUGCUACCGUGUCUAUUACUGGAGGAAUCGGAUAUUUAAAACAUGAACAGUCUGCUCGCAAUACAGAAUGUAACGUGUAUUAAAGAUAAGAGAAUGUUUGCA